AUGACGCCAAAGGUGUAUUGGCUCGGCGCCAAAGUGUACGCACCGGCCCCCGAUGGAGCUCGCUUUCGGUUUGGAGCAUGUUAUGUGGCGGAGGCAAGGCUUGUUGUUGGGUUUUGUCUUGUGGUUUCCUUCGGAUAUGAUGUGGUCCUGAUCCGUCGACCUUCUCCUAACGUUGUCACUGUCGGUUUUUUCUUGGGUUCAUGUCCCUUCGAAGUUUCCAUCAUCGCUUCUCUUGAUGAAUAUCUCUCUUUGGCCAAACUAGUGUACUGUGGUGCAGAAUUCGCGAUAAGGAAUGUACAGAUGCAAGUCGCAUCCAUCAACGAUGUGAAGAUAUACAACUUAAGCGCUGGAAAGAGUAUUCCAGAAUGGAUGAGCUCCGAGGCGAGAAGGAAAGCAGAGCGAAAAAGCAUCGAUGUACGUAGGCGGGUUCAAUUAAUUCAAGAUUUUGAAAUGCCUGAUGUCAGCCAUACCGUCAAUGUUUCUCGUGAUGGCAGAUAUGUUUUUGCUACAGGUUGUUACAAGUCAUGGUUAAAGUGCUAUGAUUUGGAAAAUCUUUCUCAAAAGUUCCAACGAGGUCUCGACGCUGCUGUCGUUAAAUUAAUACCAUUAAGCGAUGAUUACUCUAAGAUCGUCCUCCUGGAAGAAGAUCGUUUUCUGGAAAUGCAUGCUGCGUUUGGGAGGUAUUUUCGGAUGCGUAUGCCUCGCUGCGGACGCGAUAUGGCUUUCUCUAUGGAGAGCAGUGACCUUUACCUCGUUGGUGCUAGUACUGAGGUGUACCGCUUGAAUUUGGAGUUAGGUGAGUGGCUCUCUCCCCUUCAGACCAAUGGCUCUGCACUGAAUUGUUGCCAGUUCGCCGACUCUCACCAACUUUUCGUAUGCGGAACAACGGAAGGUCAAGUGGAAGCAUGGGAUCAUCGAGACAAAUCAAGAGUUGGAGUCCUGGAUUGCUUGCCACACUUGACUGAAAUAAAGUCCACUGUGGAAAUAACAUCCGUGAGUUUCCGGGAUGCUUUGCGGCUCGGUGUUGGAACAAGUAAUGGUCAGGUCCUCAUGUACGAUAUUCGUUCUUGUAAACCUUUAAUUGUCAAGGAUCAUAUAAAUGGAUUGCCAAUCAAGAAGAUCGAUUUUGUUUUGAGAGAGAAUGAAAAUCUCGUGCUGAGUAUGGAUGGCCGCGUUCUAAAGAUCUGGAAUGAGAACGAUGGAAAACCAUUUGCUGCUGUUGAAACGGAGAAUGGCUUGAACGAUUUCUGUCGUUAUCCCAAUUCUGGCUUAAUGUUUUUCGCGAACGAAGCACCUCGUAUGCUGCAGUUUUUCAUCCCUGCUCUUGGUCCAGCGCCAAAGUGGUGUUCAUAUCUCGAAACUAUAACCGAAGAAUUGGAGGAAAGCCAAUCAGCCUCCCUGUACGACGACUACAAAUUCGUCACGAAGGAUGAACUGGAACAGCUUAGCCUUUCGCAUCUUAUUGGAAGUUCCGUGCUAAGGGCCUACAUGCACGGCUAUUUCUUGGACAGGAGACUCUAUGACAAAGCUCAGCUCAUCACGCAACCAUUUGCUUAUGAGAAAUAUAGGGAUCGGAAGGUACAAGAUCUCAUGCUUCAAGAACGUGAGAACAGGGUCAUCAAAGAUAAGCAACAAUCAGUUUUACCAAAGGUGAAUAAGGAGUUGGCAGCUCGACUUCAAGCUGAAGCAGCAACUGAGAUUAAUGCAAGUAGCUCGGCCAAGAAAAAGAAAAAUGAUAAAAAGAAGGCAAUUAAUGCUUCUUCUAUUCUUGAAGAUGAUCGUUUCACAAAGUUGUUCAGUGAUCUGGACUUCGAGGUAGACGAAAACACUGACCAGUUCAAACGUAGUUUGUCUGUACAACAGAAAGAAAAAGCUAAGAUGGUAAACUCUAUGCAGGACGAGGAUCAGGAUGAAGAGGAAGAAGAAGUACUUCUGCCUGAGCUACCUAGUGUGGAGGAAACAGAUCGUGCUUUCCAUCGAAGUGCAGAAGGUAGCAGUAGUAGCAAUAGCGACAAUGAAACUGAUGAGGAAACUCUUUCGGACAAGAAGAAGUUAGAAAGAGAAAAGGCAAAACGAAAGCAAGAGCAGCGAGAACGUCACCAUCAACAGUACGAGGAAAAGAUGCUGCAGAGAGAAGCAGAACGAGCUGCUCGUCUUGUAUACAAACCAAAGAAGUUUGUUUUCCAUGAACUGGACUCUUCAGAGAGCACCCGGAAAUUCCUUGACGAACACGUCGAGGACGAAGGUCCUUCAGAUAAGUCGAUCUCCUUAGCAGCAAGGAAGUCGCUCAUGAAGGAGCAAGGAGAAUUAGAGAAGCAUGAGGAUGUGUUCGGAGGUCGUUCCAUGACAUUUACUCUGGCCAAAAAAGGAGCCUCGGGGAGAGAAGCUAGGGCAGUGGAGGAAAAGAAGAAACACAUGAAGGAACGGAAGGCAACGAUACGGAAGCCGACGACUAACAUAAAAAGAUCAUUAAAGAAACUUCCUGGGAAUCUUUCGAAGCCAUGA